GGGGAGCAGGCCGCUCUACUGCCUCUCAAGCAGAUACACCCCCGGUGGUCAUCGGGGUCAACAGCAGCACGACCAUAGACAUCGACCGGCUCCCGGCCGACAUGCAGCUGGAAGCGCUGACGGCGCAAGAUCUCCUCGACGGCGAACGAGACUCCGGAGACGAAGACGCGAGCCGCUUAUUACACAUUCAGUACGGACGGCAGACGAGCGGAAGCGAGCUGGGGGUUGA